CUUUUCUGUGUUUAACAUUGUCUUAAUUGCCACAAUUCAUACAUUCGUCCAUUCAUCCUUUUUCACUUUUAUCAGAUCCCUUUUUCUUCAUUUGCCCAAUCAAUUACAACUCCAGCUCAGGAAUGAGCUCAUGACUCCUCGAUCCUCUGUAGUAAUGACACAUUCCAAAAGUACUUUGAGUGGUAACGCUAGACCUUUUGUCCCAAAUCCUCAGACGAAACAUUUGCAGCAACAGCCGCAGCCGCAGCAACACUACGGAUUUGGACAGUUUCUUGCACACUUGAAUGAUACCUAUCCAUCCUCAUCAACAACAUCAACUAGGUCGUUGCCAGAUGAAAAACGUCAUGGUGUCAGGGGAGGUUCAAAGAGACCGGCAGCUCAACUAUCAUCCGAAGUCAUAGCACAGGCUAUUGCAAGCAACAAUGCAUUUCUACUUGGGCAAAAUUUGCUCACAGCCUACAAGGAUCUUGAAACCUUCAGACGUGGUCAGGAACGAGGCAGUGUUGGCAUCAUCUCGGAAACCAUGGCCACGGCCCUCCAGACUCAUCCUGACCCUGUCAUGUUCAUCGUCAACGCCCUCAUCACUGUCGGAACUGUAGCAGGAUUCAAAAAUCUGGACCCGGUCUUUGAGCUCGCUGUUUCCGAAUUCUUCGUCCUAGUUCUACAACAAUUCCUUGAAUGGUAUCAUGAUCAUGCAGAAGAAUGGGCCAUGGCUGUUAAAUCAACAACAGUUACUGUUACUGGUUCUACAUCACACUCCAAAACAUCCUCACAGUCAUUUGCUUCUACCGCGAUGGCACCUGGAUUUCUUCUGGAUGACGACGAUCCCAUCCCAUCCUCGUACCCCCACCAUCCAGAAAUAGACCUGAUAGGACCGGAAAUAGACUUGAUCAUACUAGACGACGAUAGACUCGACACAGCAGGAACCAUUCCCUCUACUCUCCAGUUACGAUCUAUCCAACCGCAGCAAACAGGAUCUUCAUCCAACACCAGUCUCCUUGACGAUGAUCUGAUUGCACCAUCACCUAGUUUACUUCAAGUUGCUGUGCUAAAGCCUGUUGUAAAGGAUCUGAUUAGUUUGACAGACUUUGAUACGACGAGACCGGUAAAAUCACCUAGCUCCGCCUCUGUACCAAGCCUAUUACCUCCCUUCAGGGAUGUCGACAAGAAUAAUAAAAAAUUGGAUCUAUUAACCGACGACAACGAAUUUGGCAUGAAUGAAAGCAAAGCCGACAAAGUUGACUUGAUGAAAUUGGAAGAGACGAGGAAAUAUGUUAAUGAACAAGAGCAAACAUUCGAAAAGCAGGAGGAGGAGGAUUCCUCUCCAGACAUGCAUGAUUUACUAGAUGUGGGUAACAGCAACCUAUGUUCUACAAGAAGAGUAUCCUCACAGCAUGAUCAGACAAAGAAGGAUGAUGGAACAGAGGCAGAUAAAGGAGAUACAACAGUGAAGGAAAAAAUACUGGAAAAGGAACAUCGCGUGGAUAAUAUCGAACCGGUGGAAACCCUGGUAGUGGAGAAUGCCCGGGAAGCAAAAGCAGAAGAAGAGGAAAAAGAGGAAGAAGAGGAAGAAGAACCGGGGUUAAUUCAGCAGAGACAUCGCGGCAAAUUACUAGAUGAAAUUCCGGGCGGGAAUAAUUUGUUGCAGGUGUUUGCUGUGCUGGAUAUCUUGAAGAUGAGAGCCAGCCUGCGGAAGCCCAUCAAAGACGGCGAAGGAGAAACAUAUGGAUGGUCUCUUGCUCGUCAGCUUUACAAGCGUGGGCUAUUCCGUGAAUCUUCUGUGGUGAUUUUCGAAUAUUUAGAAAAUGAUGAUGAAGAUUCUGGGUCUGACCCCUCAUGGUCAUCCAGAUCUAACUUUGCCGCUUCGGGAAGCAUGAAUACCAACAAAGGGAUCAAAACGACAAAGGAUUCGCAUGUUCCAACGUUGCGAACUUUGAGUACUCCUUCUACCCUUCCACCACCUCCUUCUUUUCCAGCCCAACCUGUGCUUCAGAAACGGCCCUAUCCUUUCUAUAAGCUACCCAGUGAUGUUCAGAUCAUCAUGGUAGAUUCGGAUGAGCAGCUUGGAGAGUUGGCAUUUUCACUCAAGAAUUCCACUAUUGUUGGCAUGGACACUGAAUGGCUUCCCAAUGUGAAGCAAUAUCGGGGGCUUCGACCAGGGACGCGGACUGCGAUUAUGCAGCUGGCCUGUAAUGCGGAUUCGACAGUCUACAUUGUCGACACUGUUGCAUUCUUGAAUAGUCCUGAUUUCGGAGAGCAACUUGUGCAGGUCAUAGGCGAGUUCUUCAACAAUCCUAAAACCCUCAAAUUAGCAUACGACUGGGACGGUGAUCAUGAACUAUUGAUUGAGACAUUCCCAAGCCUACAUCAGGAGCAUUUUCGCCCUCGUAACUUUCUCGAUCUCAAGCAUGUCUGGAUUAAGAGCUCCUCUAAUAGCAAUGGCGAUGCUGGCAGCAACAGCAAUAGCAAUGGUGAUUCCAGCGACAGCAAUAGUGUCAAUAGCAGCAUCCAUGGCAAUGGCAACAGAAGUGGCGGCAGUGACAGAAGCAUGAGCAGCCUCUUCGGCAUCAGAAAGCAUGGUAACGUAAUCAAUAGCAAUGUUGGCCAUUUGAAAAGUGCUUCCUCUCAAACACCAGGGACAACAACAACAGAGGCAGAAGAAUUCUCCUCACGCUCAGCGUCAACAUCAAUGCCUGGAUCGCCUACAAUGUCUUCAUGUUCUCUACCAUCCUCAUCAACAACAGUAACCCAUAGCAAGCUAGAAGAGAAUCCAGGACCAGAACGAGAACAAUAUGAUGAACAAGGAAGAGAAGUAAGGAGAGGAGGAGAAGUUACAGAGUAUGAGAAAUGGGCGUUAUACCCUGCAGAGCAAGGCAUGAAUUGCAUUCCGGGAGGACUCUCAGGCAUGUUGAAGGGAUUGUGUGGAUAUCAGUUAGAUAAGACAUGUCGAAUCAGCCACUGGGAGCAACGUCCAUUGAAGGAAGAGCAGGAAUUAUAUGCAGCUAUUGAUGCUUGGUGCUUGCUUGACGUGUAUUCCGUUUUGGAAACCAUCGAACGAAUUUGAACUUUGCCCCAAAUCAGGAAUCUUUAUGCCUCUAAUUUCUGUAAAGACUGGAUGGAUAGCAU